UUCCAGAAAGCUGUUCUUAAUGGAUUUGACCAGAAUUUUGGAUUUCAAUCGACCAGAAAAGCCUACAGCCCUAUUGGAUCGAUUACAUAAAUUCUUACCUGAAAUUGCAACUGCAAAUAAUAAUUUAAGUAAUGCUGCAGGAUGCGAUAUUAAAAUAUUUGCUGUUGAAGAUGAAAGCGAUGCAUCCUCAUCCACUGACUCGGACGAAGAAUCAGAAACUAUAACGAAGCAACCCCAAAUAGUAAUGGAUGUUACUACUUUAGUGGAAGAUGCACCCAGUCGCAUGAUUAUAAGUGAUAGUGAUUCUGAUCUUGACGAUGAUAAAGAACAAAAAACUUUGCCGGUUGGAUUCCGAACUGGAGAACCGAUGCGAAAAAAAUCGAAAAGGAAACGGCAAUAUUUGAUGGAAGAGGUUGCCGAAGAAGAUAUUGCUUGUAAAGAUAUCAGCAACGACCAGAAAAUAGUGGUAGAACAAGAAGAACUGAACACUAAACUGGAAUAACUGUAAGCUGUUUUAGAUAGAAAUAUUCUGUCGGUUUUGCUUUGUAAAAUGCAAGGUUACAGCAAGGAGUUUGUUGAAUUAUAUGUUGUUAUUCAUUUGUUGUUUUCCAUUUUUUGUUAAUCUAAUAUUUUUCCUGCCUCUCCAUGAAGUUAAUGUAUCAUUUAUAUCGAAAUGAUAAUAGUUGCUUACAGUAACAUUUGGCUUAACUUUGACUUAUUUCCCAAACAAAAACCCUCGGGCUUAUUUACCUGCUAGAUCAACAAUUAAAUGAAAC